AUUUGACCAUGGAGUCGAUUAAAUUAUCAGUCAUGUAUCUAAUGGUCUUCUCAGUUAGGGAGACGUUUCAAAACAUAACACCAGGAUGUUAUGAGGGGUACUACAGAAAUGAGACAAGUGGGACAUGCAUCGAAUGCCCCCCAGAAUACACAAGCCCAAAUUGUUCCGUACCCUGUGAAGAUGGAUUAUACGGAAAAUAUUGUCAACAUAAGUGUCCUUCUUCCUGCUCAAACUGUAGAGUUAUCGAUGGAAGUUGCCCCAAAGACAUGACCAACACAACAGAUGCAGGCGACGUUAAUGAAAGCAAUCAUAUAAUCCAAAACCUGAACAAAUCAGUAUUUUACAUUAUGACUACGUUCGGCUGUGUGACAGUGGUGGCUUUAUUACUUCUACUGAUGUUCUACAUUUAUAAGUUGGCUACACAACCUCUACCACAGAACUUCACUUUUACGGUGCAUGAUCCUGAGAGUGAAGCUGAGCGAAAUAUCGUAAAUCCCGCUUGCGGUUCGAUUUACGAAAAUAUUUAAUAACGCUAAAGGACAUUUUUCAAAUGGCAUAUACAUGUAUUUUGAUGAGAAUUAGCUAAAAGUAUCGUGUCAUAACGAGGACUCUAAGUUUGAAAUAUAAUCAAAUGAAAACAAAUAUGAUAUUGAUGAAGAAGUAGAAUUAACCCUGGUCCUGUAUAUUUGGUUGAGGAUCCCCGGAAUAAAAUCUGUUUGAGUGCAAAUAUUUUAUAAGAACAUAGAUAGGGAGUCCCUCAUUUUGAUUUGAAGGAAUUUCACAUCGCUAAUGCAUUUUUUUUAAAUAGUUUAUAACAAGAGGUCCUGGUGUGAAAGUUGUGAAAUUCACAGGUGAUAACGAGAUGAACAAUUUUAAUUAUUUUGACAUAUAUACAACAAUAACUUAUUUUUACUUUACAAGAUAUUCAAGAUUUUAUAAUUUCUUUCUUUUGUUUUUGUUACUUGGUAUUUUGUAAUAAGAUGAUGGGUAGAACCUUAACGUCAGUGACGACUGUAUUCCUACUGGUAACAGUAAAAUACACAUCUUAUUUUAAGAUCAUUGACGUAUUAAAGUAUUGAUUGUCGAAUUGUCGCGACGAGAUGUAGGUUGAAUUUAGAUGAAGACGUGCGUUUCGUCAUAUGGUCUUCAAACACUUAAUCGGUGUAAUCUCGUUCUCUCAGAAAUAAAAUUUUGUAUCAAACAUACUUAACAAAUUGGCAUCAUAUCAAUCGUUAUGCCGUUCCUGGCACACUGCUUUUGACUACGGAUAACUCCGUUUACCUGAUCAGGAUAUAGUUCUCAUGGCGGGUGUGCCAGGUCGACAGGGGAUGCUUACUCCUCAUAGACACAUGAUCCCACCUCUGGUGUGUCCAGGAGUAUGUGUUUGCCCAACUAUCCAUUUUUUAUUGCUUAUAGGAGUUAUGAGGUUUAUCACUGUUUGUUAUCUUCACCUUCCAUCCAUUCAUUAUUCUUUUUCAAUUGCCUACAUGAUUUCUUUGAAAAAGUAAAGAAAACAAACAGUGAUCAAUGUCAUAAAUUAUAUAACGGAUACAAAAUAUAGAGUGGGUCAAACACGGACCAAUGGAAACUCAACAGGCGGGUAAUGUAUGUAGGCGGAGUAAGCAUUUUAUGUUGAUGUGUAACACCCGUCUUGGAUCUUAUAUCUUGAUCAGCUAAAUGGAGCAAUCCGUAGUCAAACUCAGCAUGCAAAGAACGGUUUAACAAUUAGUAUGAUACACAUCAGACAUCAUUUCAGUUAAUAGCGGGUUAUAUUCGCAAAUUCUUGUUCUUAUAACGGCCAAACGAUUUGUGGAAAUUUACCACCAACACUAACUUAUUUAUUAUUUGCCUGUAUCAAUUAAAAAAAUAUUAAUCGCAAAACAUGUUCUUUCGUAUCGAAUCAAUUGAGAAACAUAAACACCAUAUGCAUGUGUUGAUUGAAUAUUUCUUCAUAGA